GGCUGAUGAAUACGAGCCCGACCCCCCUUGAAGAAAGAAAACGAAACAAAAGCAAAAAAAUCGAAGGUAGGGUUUUGUUUCUACCCGAAAUCGAAGGUAGGUUCUUUCCCGGCUGACAGUUCGCCGGCGAAGACACCGGCGGUGUGCUCCUCCGGCAAAGCGGUUCCGGUGAGAUUGGAACUCUUGAAAAUGGAUUUCGGCCUUCAACCUUGUGACUCGAAAGAUGACCUUACCAUGCGAAAGCCAGUGACUUUAGAAGACCCUUCAAAGGCGACGACAGAAUCAUUCAUCAACAAAUUACCGCCUGAGAUUCUAGCUUACAUACUCUGCAGGUUUCCAGCUGUACGUCUUCAGAGACUGAGAUGUGUAUGCAAGUUGUGGGAUCUGAUUAUACAUGAAAGGAGUUUCAUCGAGCAACAUUUUAACAGUCGAGCUAAUAUGAAGGACCCAGGUAUAAUAACGCUAUCUUGCAAAACGGGUUUCUCUCUGGAGUUUUAUGCGGAAGGUAGUAACUUCAGGGUUCUUCGUGAAAUCGUUAUGAGUGAACAUAUGAAAGAAACGUAUUAUCAUAUGACGAAUUCUUGUCAUGGAAUGAUAUGUGUCUUUGGUUUGAUUAGCAUCAAUGUGAUAAAUCCAAGCAUCAAUAAACCGAGGGCACUUCCUGAUAGUGGGUUGCAUAUUCAACGCUAUAAGAUCAUAGACGACUGUCCUCUAGUAGGAAUAGGCUUUGAUUCUUCAACAAGAACAUACAAGGUGGUCCGUAUAUUUCGAUGUAGUAGCUCAAAGACAAAUAGUAACAAAAUGAGCAUGAGAUGUGAGGUUUAUACACUGGGAGGAGGAGGAGGAGGUUGUAGUUCUUGGAAGUAUGUCGGCGAAGCUCCCAUCUCACCAGAUGCCUUCAAUUCAAUGGGUAAUUUCCCCGUGGUUGUUAAUGAUGCCGUACAUUGGAUUAUACGUACAGAAGGCCACCCGACUAUACCAGCAACGAAGAUUGCCCUAUCAUUCAAUGUCCAAGAUGAAACAUUUAGUCUAAUUCCUCCUCCUGAAGGCCGUUCAAUAUCAGGUGUAGUUUCAUCCUUGGUGGAGUUAGAAGGGUGUUUAUCUGUAUGCGACACGCGUUUAUCUCCCGAACAAAUGGAUAUAUGGAUGUUGAAGGACUACAACAAUCAUGAAUGGGUGAAACAAUAUACUAUUGAUUUGAGGAUGAUGCAUUCCUUGUUGGUUUCCCGUGGAGGUAGAACUCGACUUUUAGCGGUUCGAGAUGGGAUGAUGUUAUUUUAUAAUGUAAAUGGGAGAAUGGAUUACUAUGAUCCUGAAAGCAAGAAUUUCGUCAAGCAUGAGAGGCUGGUUCCCUGCGGCUUUUGUUUUGCUCCUUUUGUUGGGAGUUUAAUAUGGCCUGAACUAUAAUGACAGAUCGAACUUGAAGGCUGCUGUGGUUGCCCUCUUACUUUUGUUUUGUUUAGGGCGAAAUAGAUUAUAUGCUUUACGCGUAUAUUUCCCUUUAUCGCCCAUUAUAUAUGUAUCUCUCUCAUGUGUACUGAUGUAUGAAUAUUCUUCACUGUGCAAACUAUAGAAUGUAACGAUGUCUUUUUGUUCCC